GAGUUUUACAACAAAAUAUAUUCCUAUUUCAAAUUUCUGUAUAUUUCCGGAUUUAAUAAUUACGUCUUCUGCCACCACCCGUUUUUGAUUUGGUUGAAUGAUUUUGCUAUACCGUUCUUUUUGGAGAAGUUUCGUAGCUGCCUGUGGUCAUGGCUUUGGUUAUUCCUGAGAAGUUCCAGCACAUUCUGCGUAUCACGAACACCAACAUUGAUGGUCGUCGUAAGAUCGUGUACGCGAUGACGGCUGUCAAGGGCGUUGGCAGAAGAUUCAGCAACUUGAUUUGCAAGAAGGCAGAUGUUGACUUGACAAAACGUGCUGGAGAGAUGACAGACGAUGAGAUCGAUAGAAUCGUAACGAUCAUGCAGAACCCCAGGCAAUAUAAGAUCCCUGAUUGGUUCUUGAACAGACAGAAAGAUAUAAAGGACGGCAAAUUUAGUCAGGUUCUCUCUAACCAGCUCGAUAACAAACUUCGUGAAGAUACAGAGAGAUUGAAGAAGAUCAGAGCUCACAGGGGAUUGAGACAUUAUUGGGGCCUUCGUGUCAGAGGUCAACACACUAAAACUACGGGACGUCGUGGUAGAACAGUUGGUGUGUCAAAGAAGAAGUAAAGUAUGUUAUAUUGACAAUAAAAAUCAAAAUAAUGCGAAAAUGA